CGCGACAGAUCAACGGCAACAGGCAUCUCCCACAAGUUGUACGAUGUCUUGUACAUGUUAACAUUGAAACGUCAGAGUCGUUCGGGCAGCAUAAGCCGCUUCCUCGGCAAUCCCGUGCGCAUAUUUCAUAGCCUCUUGUUUAUCUGCGCCCUAGAGGUAUUGUUCUGGUCGUUCUGUCUAUUCACUUGCCAAUCUACUGUCGGUUGGAGUGGUGCAGCGCGAGCCUACUACACGCGAGAAACGCUGAACCUUAAAUCGACAACUGGUGAAGCCCUCGACGCCCCGGUGCCCGCAAUAGACGUUCGCAUUUUAGAACUAACCUUGAAGGCCGAAACUGCCUGGCACCAGCGAGCCUUUGCAACCUUGUACGCUGCUCUUAAUCACUUACCACUUCAACAAUCGAGCUCGGUUCUAGCACAUUCGCUGCUUUUCCCAGAGAAGGCGUUCAGUACAGACUCCUUCAGUAAAUCUGGUGCAGUGCUCAACUUUGAGACUGAAUAGGAGUGCUCAGAUUAAAAAUAGUUUGGUUACCGUGACCCACUGCGCACUCGAGCAGCUUAGUCGUGCUGUGCAUUCAUUUCUGCGCAACUGGACCGCGCCAGCAAGCGUAUACGUGUAGCAUUUAUAUCCUGUUUUAUCAUGCGGCAUAGUAGAGUCGCCCGACCACGCCGCAGGGACACUUUGAUAUCAAGAGGAAGCUCUCUCGUGGCCUCACCUUCUGCACUGCCUUCAACCACAGGAUUUCUAGGCAAUAUUUCUGCAGUGUUUCCUAUGGCAGAUGUUUUGGCCGGUGCAGCGGCACGCGCCGCGUCGCAGAGCACCAUUCAUCCCUUGGAUACGAUAAAAGUUCGAAUGCAAGCUGCCUUGAAAGGUAACAGUGCGAACAUCAAGCAGAUGACAACAACAUCUGUGCAAACAGUUAGCACGGGAAAAUACGGCAUAGGAAUCGGACAGGCCACGACACCAUCGGGAUCUUUACCCAAAUCAAUGGCAGUUGCGACGGGCGCUAUGUUGGGCAAAGUUCAGGCAGAAGUCGGGAGUCUAUACAAAGGUGUCCUUGGUGCAGCUAGUGGUGCUGGUUUUGCAAUAGGAGCUUAUUUCGCAUUUUACGGGGUUGCGAAGAAACUGCUCGAAACGCAUUCCGACUAUUCCGUCUCGACGAUAGCUUUUUUAGCUGGCGGCAUCGGAGCGUUUGGAUCUUCUAUUGUCAAGGUACCCGCAGCGGUGUGUAUACGAUCUGUUCAAGCAAACAUCUAUCCAAAUGUUAUAGUAGCCGCAAGACAGAUUACUUCUGCAGCUGGGCCGCGCGGCUUAUUCACGGGUUAUCUACCCACUCUUCUCGAGGAUGUCCCAGACAUGGCUGUUAAGUUUGCUGCAUAUGAAACGAUGCGCACAAUGCAUCGUCGUCUAACAGGAAGAAAACAAGAGGACGCUGCGGCAGCUGCCGAUAUUUCUAUAGGUCUUAUAGCAGGUGCACUCGCUGCAGGGGCCACGACACCUCUUGACGUUGUCAAAACUCGAAUGAUGUGCAAUGCUUCCCAGCGCCCAUCGUUCACGGGCGCAAUAGCUGGAGUCUGGCGUGACUCGCCAGCUGGUUUGGGCCGAGUCCAAGCGUUUUUCACCGGUGUCGGCCCUCGAGCUUUCUCAAAUGGCAUAAACUCUGCCAUCUUUUUUUGUUUCUUUGAAAUGAUGCGCGCUUCACUCAAGAGAUGGGAGGAACGAAGGAAGCUUCUAUUGGAGUCUCGCGCGCUUUACAAGAAUGAAAUGUCCGUCCUGCAAAACCCAGCAGACGGCACAAAAAAAAGAGUGUUUAAGGCCAAUCGUGGCGGCGCGUAACACCGAGUCCGAGUUGCUGAGGCGUCCCUCUCCUUCGCACACUGCAAGAAAACUUGAAAAGUAUUUCUUGCCAUUGAGACAAAUUGCACAUCAUGACUUCGUGAAAGUUAACUUGCUGCAAAAUUUGAACUCCGCGAUGCAGUUGUGCAUACGGUUGAUCCGCUGCGGCACGUAUUCAGCCAGAUGUACCGAAGACAGGAUGCUCUGAAAGUGUUAUAAGAGAUGUUUGAGAUUACGAUGAUAAUGCUCUAGAAUGGAUGAAGUUGAAUCUAUAUUCGCCGCGU